AUGCAGUCCUUCAGAGAGCGGAGCGGUUUCCAUGGCAACCAGCACUGCUACCAGCAGGACUCCCCUGAGUUCUCACACCUGGAGAGCUACAGAAGCCGUCAGGCGUACGAGACGCACCCCCUCUCGUCCACCGCCGCCGGCAUGCCCCCGUCCAGAACGCCGUCCGCUAAAGACUGUUAUGGGCAGCAGGGCUACCCGACGUACAUCGGCGCCGGCGGCAACGGCAGCAGCACGGCUGCUCCGGCUCCAGCCAAAAAGCCCUCCUACCACGAGGGCAAAGUGUCCAGCGGCCAGCACCUCCAGGCGGGCUACGCCAACCACAUGGGUGGGCCGGGGGGCUACUCGGCCCAGUACCUGAGCGAGGGCCACCUGCAGCAGCAGAAGUGGGAGGACACGGCACCCCAGCUGGGCUCCUACGAGCAGGACAUGACGUCCGCUCCGGUCUACACCAGCCCCCACCAGCAGAGCUCGGCCCCGUCCCCUCUCAUGUACCCGCAGAGCCACCUGCACUUCCCCCCACAGCACCCCCAGCCACACCCGCCCUCCUCCUCCGCCUCCCCCUACAUGGACAAGUGCGCCCCCAUGCCCCACGCCUACAAGGGCUACGGCAUGCCGCCCGGCCCGCAGUACAGCCGCCAGCUGGGCAACCACAGCGGCCUGAAGCCCAGCGGGUACCGACCGCAGAACAACUACAGCUACCAGCCGCCGCCACCACCGCCCCCACCCUCCCGUAGUGGCUUCGAGCAGCAGCAGCAGCAGCAACAACAACAACAGCAACAACAACAACAACAACAACAGCAGCAACAGCAGCAGCAGCAGCAGCAGCCCGUGUCUCUGCAGGGCAUGGCCGGCUCCCAGGAGAGCAUGUCCAAGUUCCAGCACUACCAGCACGGCCAGGGCCCCCAGCAGGGCUACUGCAUGCCCGACAUCCCGGUGCGCUCGCCGGAGCAGCAGUACUACCAGAACUGCAGCCCGAGCUCCAGCCACUCGCCCGCGCGCUCCGUGGGACGCUCCCCGUCCUACAGCUCCACGCCCUCGCCGCUCAUGCCCAAUCCCGAGGCCUCAUUCCAGUACAGCCAGCCGCCGACCCCCAUCAACCCCAUCAACCCCACCACCGCCUCCGCCGACCAGGGCAUGCUCAUGCCCCCCCACACGCACGCGUCCCCGGCGGUCAACCACCAGACGCAGAGCUACAGCGGCGGCACCAUGAAAGAGCGCUUCUCCGAGAAGCUGCUGUCCAACCCCAGCCUGUGGAGCCUCAACGCUCUCACCUCGCAGGUGGAGAGCAUCUCCAACAACGUCCAGCAGCUCCUGCUCUCCGAGGCCCUCAUGGCCAACAAGAAGGGGGGCAAGCGGGGGACCCCUAAGAAGGGGGAGGAGUACAGGGGACAGAUGAGGGGCCUGGACGACCCCUGUCCUGACGGCCAGCAGCAGCACGGCGCUCACAUGUCUGACCCCUACGGCACCCCGAAGUCCCUAACGGCCGAGCUCCACGAGGGAGCCUACUCCGGCAGCCCAGAGGAGCAGCUGGACAGGAGCUACUACUACUGCAGUCAGAGCAGGGGUCCACUGCACGGGCCGAGUAACCCGCACAUGCCUUUGAACGCGGUGUCGUCCUGCUCGAUGACCUUGCUCGAGAGCCGGUCGGUGAACUCGUUCUCGAGCAUGCAGACCCCAGAGAGCGGUCCCCACCUGGGCCCGAGGCUCCAAAGCGUCACGCCCAUGGAGGGAGACCAUCACAACAGCACGCUGCAGCAGCGCAUGAGCGGCGAGAGAUCUCCCAUGAGCAUCCCGGCGCAGAGCCCGAUGAAGCAGGAGACUCACUCGCCGCCCGACAUCAAGCGGGUGGACGGCUCCCUGAAGGAGAACUUCGAGGAGUCGGCCUGGAUGGAGAAGACCGCCGACGAAGAGGAGCAGAUGAAGAACAAGCUGAGCGACGAGCAGAAGUUCAAAGGGGAGGUGAUCGAGGCCGGAGGUGAGAAGCAGGAGCGGUGGUCCGAGGACGAGAAGUCUCCGUCUCUCUUCCCCAAGAUGUGCACGGACACCUCAGGCCAGAGCGACGCUUACGAGUCCGAGGGGAGCCUCUAUCAGGACGUUCACAACAAGAGUGACCCAGACGACAGUGACUCGUCCACGAAGCAAAGUUGUGGAUUACUGGGCGAGAGCCACCAGGGAAAUCUAGAGCCCGAAAUGAAACCGGAGACGUUCAAGUCAGAGCCUUCCCCGACUGCAGAAACCCAUCCCGAAGCACUGCCAUCUAUCUCGAGAGGUGACCUUGCGGAGGAUCAAUAUUUGCCAAGCCGAGAGGAGAACUCAGAGACUCUACAUCUCUCCCCUUGCAGCAGGCAGAACGAGGCGACGCUUUUAACUGCUGAGGGGAGGAAGGAAGAGACUCUGGAGGGGCAGCCAUCCGUCCUUGCCUGUCAGAGCACCGAGCUGAGGGAGGAGCAGAGGAGCCAGUCGCCCUCCGACGAGGUCGUCAAUAACGCCGGGCGACCACAGGAGCCGCCGCCGGUGGACUACGGUGCCAGGGACGUGCAGCAGGAAUGCCAGGGCACAAUCAGCUGCAUGGAGGCUGAGGAGGCGGUGGUGGUGGCGGCGAUCCCAGACGCGCCCCCACAGAACGGCGAGAGGAGGCCAGCUGUUUGCGACAUCGCGCCUCAGUGUCACACCUCCCAGCCGCCGGCCUUCGUCGCUCUGGGGGAGAAAGCAACGCCUCCGGCCCAGACCCGGGACCACAUCGAUCGCAGCGAUGCCAAGGUGCUGGAGCCCGACUCGCCGCAGCUGCCGGGCAAAUCGAUCCUGCACUCGGCGCCGUCGUGGGCCAACACGCCCCCGUCCCCGCAGAAAGGCGACGAGGACAUGGAGCCCGGGGUCAGCUGUCCCAGCGCCGUGACCCCGUCGGCCAAGCCGGAGCCCAUGGCACCGUCGGCGAACCCGCGGGUCUUCGGCCGAAAGCCCGGCCGCGGCCGACGGAGGAUGAUGCACGCCAAUUUCGGCAUCAGGAGGCAGCCGAGCGUGGAGGGCGAGGGGGCACCCACCCCGGCCCAGAAGCCCAGCAUUCCCUCCAGCAAAAGCGCCCUUUUGUCUGACCACAUGGUGGCGUCGCGCGAGGGCAUCGUCAGUCCGACAUCGAAGCAUUUGGCCGAGAGCUUGCCGUCCCGCAUGUGCACUCGUUCUUUCAGUGCGCAGGGAACGCCCAAGCCUGUGGUCGCUCCUGUCGUCACCCCCCCUUUAAAAAAGAAGCCAGGCCCCAAACCUGGGGGAGGGUCGGCCACAAAGGGGCAGGUGGGCCGUCCCCGAGGCCUGGCCUCCAAACUCAAACUGUUGAAACAAGUGGAAGAGAUCCAAGCCUCAAUAGACCAGGCCAGAGCCAAGAGGGCUGCUAGUGGGCUUGGCACACAAGAAGACAACCCCGACCCAAUCACUUUAGAGACCGUAACCGAAAUAAAGACGGUUAGUCUCAAAGACCAAAAGGCAAUGGUGCUUAGGUCUCGCAAACAGACACCUGAGAAGACAGAAAAAGAGCCAGUGAAGGAGAAAGAAACUCUCAUUGUUCCUCCAAAGAAAGUCAGAGAAGUGAAAAAGCAAAAAGCACCUCUCGAGCUGGUGAGCGAGGCUGCAGACGCGAUCCCGCCUGAGACUCCCCACGUGGAGAUUUGCCUGGCUGAGCCGAGCAAGCCAGAGGAGAAAAUUGCAGCCCCCAUCAAAAGACAAUCCACCUCGCAGUCUCCGGAGACGGCGAAGAGAAAGCGGGGCGUGAAGGCAGACAAGGUGGCACAGCCUGAGGUGGCAGAGCUGCUGCCAUCGUUGCAGUCUCCAGCGCCCGCCCCAGAGCAGCAUGAGCCGGCACCUCUGCCGACACACAAGACCGGGGUGGGGGUCCCAAAAAGAGGUCCCAAAAAGAAGCGAGGGCCACACCCGAAAAUAGCCGUGAUCAGCAGCCCUGUGACCAAAGACGAAGCCCCAGUCGUCCCCGAUGUCAGCGAGGUGCCCAGCGCACCUCCUCAGUGUCCGACUAAAACCAAGUAUCUGCCCCCGCGCAAGGGCAGAGGCCUCAAGUACGAAGCCAUGGUCCAGAAAAUAACGUCCACCCCCGCGUCCAAAAAGCAGCCCUUUAACCUGCUGCCGGAGGCUUUGCCGGAGGACCCGGCCUCCAAGGUCGUCCAGCCGGUGCCUGAGCAGAAAGAGGAGCUGCCCGAAGAGAGCAGCACGGCUGUCCAGCAGCCGCCAGAGGAGACCCAGGAGCCCGCAGCUGACGGCCAAACGCCCAGGAAGAAAAGACGGAAAUGGGCCACCGUGGAGAGCAGAGUGGAGCCAGAGGGGGCCCUGGACGCCGGGUCGCUCAUCAUCACCACCCCGCGGCUGGCCAAACAGAGGGCCAUCAAGAACAACCACGAGAUGCACCUGAAGCAGCGGCGGAAGAGGAAAAAAGGCCAUCCUCCUGCCGAGGGCCUCGCCGUAACGGAACCGAUGCUAGAACCGCUGGCAGAGCCAGUUACGGAACCGCAACCGGCUGUAUCGCUGAAGGAAUCUGAGGCAGAAAUGCAGUUGCACGUAGAACCGCUGACAGAGCAGCAGGAGCUCCCCGCACCUUCGUCUCUGUCGCCCACCGCGGCUCCAGCGCCGGUGACAAGCAGUGAUCAGCCUCCCACGGAGCUGCUACCCGAGACAGCCGUCGAGCCUCCCAAGCCCCGCAGGGGGAGGAAGCCAUCGCUGAAGAAGAAAGAGGCAAAGGCGACCGGCGAGCCAAACAGCGUACCUGCCAAAAGGGGUAGAAAACCGGGCCCUAAGAAGAAGACAGAGCUUCAGAACACGCCUGUCGUGAAGCCUCCUCCGUCAAAGCCUCCUGCAAAAGCAGCCGCAAAGGCUACGGAGACGGUGCCCAAGCCGAAGACAAGAUGUAGGAAACAGAGUGUCCCUAAAGUGAAACAGGCAAAGCAAGAGACCGAAUUCAACGUUGUCUCGACGACUACCCCGCUGCAACCGGAAAUCAAAUGCUCCUUCAUCCCCUACGUGCGCAUCGAGAGCUCGGUGGACCUCGCCGCGGCCUGUGCCAUCGUGAACAGGCCCGACGACGCACAGCGAAUAAUGGCGAGAGAAAAGAGCGCGGGCGACACCAAACCCCCAGCAGCUGCUGUUGCCAAGGCGAUACCCACAUCCUCCUUGAUGCUCCUGGGACCUCUGGUUAAUAAAAGCCUGGCUGACAGGUGUCUAAAGUGUUGCCUGUGUGGAAUGCCUUCGAAUUACAGAGACUUGGGGGACCUGUGUGGGCCUUAUUACCUCCCAAACAACAUACCGCAGAAGUCAGUGUCCUGGGGGUACAGAGAGGAGUUCUGGGAGAACAGAGAGAGCGCGCAGUUCAGAAGCACUCAACCGCCCACAGUCCAGGAGAGCGAGAAAACAUCAGAGCCCAGCCAAGCGGGAACGAGCGAGGAAGAACAUCCCGGCCAUCACAGAAAGCCCAGGAGGCCGAGCCGGGAGAGCUCACACCCUCGGACCAAUUUCCGUCUGGGGCUCAAAAAACUGCAGCAGUGCCUGAGCCUGCGGAGGAGGACGACCGCGGAGACAGCUCCCCCUGGUGGCGAGGAGGGCCCCGACACGUCGCUGGGGAAAGUGCAGCGGCGGGCGGAGGAGAGGGAGCACUGGGCCCACGAGGCUUGCGUUGUGUGGACCGGCGGGGUCGUCCUCGUGGCAGGAAGACUGUACGGCCUGAAGGAGGCGGUUCAAUCAGCUGCUCAAACGAAAUGCGCUAAGUGCCAGAGCGAGGGAGCGUCAGUGAGCUGCAGCUGUGAGGGAUGCUCUCACAAAUACCACUAUGUCUGCGCCAAAGAGUCGGGUUGCUUGUUUGAGGAGGACGACUUUUCAGUGAGGUGUCCAAAACAUGAGUGAGAGGGAGAGAUGCCCCUUUCACCUGCAGCCAGAUGAACACCACCUGGUCGGACUUCCAUCAGCCCACGCCAACAUCCGCCCGGCCCCGCGGCGCCAGAGCCCGCAGGCUGGAGGUGGGGUGGGGUUGGGUGGGGUGUCCACUGGCGUCCGCCCGAGCACAAGAAAAGUACUGCUGUAGCAAUACUGACCCGCGACCCCCGACCCUCGAUCCCUGGUCCCCCUCCCCCUACUUUCAUCCUCCCACGAAUACGUCACUCUGUUUUCCUUUAACCACGGGAGCACAGUCAGCUCUCCAUAAAGGGAAGUUGGAGAAAGCCUUCGCUUCAAACUGGAGGAGAGGAGAGGAGAGGAGAGGAGAGAAAGGGACUGUUCGAAAGAAGAAAAAAAAUCAUGAAUGUGCCAUCCAGCUUUUCUUUCUUUUCUUUUCUUUUCUUUUCUUUCUUGGAAUGGAUGCUAUCUGUGCGGGACACCUGGAGAUGGAGCCCUGGCCCGCUGCCCCUGCUGGCGACCAAUGGGAGCUCACAGACUCUGCCGUCGUCCAAUCACAGCCCACAGACUCUGCUUUCAUCCAAUCACAGCUCACAGACUGUGCUACUGUCACGUCAGUGUGGUGAAAAAAAAAGUGCUGUCAUGCAUCAUGCACCCACUGGAUGGAUUUAAAUGUUAAGUGUUAAAAAAAAAUAAUUAAAAAGACAAAAAAAUGUACAUGGUGUGCUUUGCGGGUCUAAAUAUUCCGAUGAUAUGAAAUAAUGAUUAAAAAAUCUUAUUUUAAUAUAAUGCUCUUCCAAGAAGUAUUUUGAUGUGUGUUUUACAAAAACACAAGAUCAUUUUUAGCACCAUUGCCUAUCUUGGGUUCUGUCCGGCUUUGUGUGUGCAAACAAAAAAAAAUCUGCUCGACUCAUCCGGCUCGGCAGUGGGAGCGCUCAUUAGUCCGAACCUCAAAAGCAAGGUGCACCACGGGCCCAAAGCGACCGCUUCUUUUCGUCUCGUUUGAGUUCUGCCCCGCUGUUCAUCCUCUCCGUGCGGUCAGAUCUUGGGGCUGUCCGCAUGCGUGAAUGUGGCGUCCAGGCGCUUCG